AUACAUUCCACGUGAAAUAAUCAUUGAUCGCUACCCGACGGUGGUUCCUUCCCUUACAGAAUAGUUGCAGAAAUCUCGUAAAAAUGCCGCUUGAAUUUGAGAUAGCUCCCGGUCGUAUGAUUGGAGGGGAUCAUCCAUGCUUCGUUAUUGCAGAGAUUGGUCAAAACCAUCAGGGAGACAUCAAAAUAGCAAAGCAAAUGAUUAAAAUAGUCAAGGAAGCAGGAGCCGACUGUGCCAAAUUUCAGAAAUCAGAAUUACAAUACAAGUUCAAUAAAGCGGCUUUAGCUCGCCCUUACAAGUCCAAGAACUCCUUUGGAAAGACUUAUGGAGAACAUAAACGCUUCUUGGAGUUCAGUCAUGAUCAGUAUCAAGAGCUGAAGGAUUACGCAAAGGAAGUUGGCAUCUACUUUACAGCAUCGGGCAUGGAUGAGGCGGCGAUGGAGUUUUUGCAUAAAUUGGACGUUCCUUUCUUCAAAGUUGGCUCAGGUGAUACCAACAAUCUUCCAUUUCUUACAAAAUCUGCCAAGAAAGGCCGACCAAUGGUGGUAUCUUCUGGGAUGCAAUCCAUGGAUACAAUGAAGAAGGUUUACCAAACCCUGAAAGUUGAGAAUGUCAAUUUCUGCAUGCUACAAUGCACCAGUGCCUAUCCAUUGGAGCCAGAAGAUGUGCAUCUUAGAAUUCUUGAGGAAUACAAGAAGGAGUUUCCAGACAUUCCGAUUGGUUAUUCAGGUCAUGAGAGUGGACAAACAAUCACCCUAGGUGCCGUUGCUUUGGGAGCUAAAGUAAUAGAGAGGCAUAUAACACUAGACAAAACCUGGAAGGGCAGUGACCAUGAAGCGUCUUUAGAACCACAUGAACUGAAGGAGCUUAUCACAAAAAUCAGGUUUCUUGAAAGAGCCUUGGGGUCAAGGGUUAAAGAGAUGCGACAAUGUGAGCUUGCUUGUCAUAACAAGCUUGGUAAGAGUGUAGUUGCUGCAAAGGACAUCCCAGAAGGGACCAUUCUUUCUGAAGAUAUGCUGACUGUGAAAGUUGCAGAACCCAAGGGCUAUGCUCCGGAAAACAUCUAUGACUUGAUUGGUCAGAAAACAUUAAAAGCUUUUGAAUAUGAUGAUUCAGUUCAGGAGGAAGAUGUUACUAAAGCUUAGUGACAACAGUACAACGCCAUAAUCUCUCAAUUAAUGGAGGUAUUAUUCAAACAAAUGAAAUCUUUCAAAUGUUUAUUAAGAGUGAGAAUGAUAUAAAUAUUGUUAUACUCAUCCGGUAAGGAAUGAUAUAUAAAAUGCAUAUUUUGUUUGUAAUAGUGUUUGAUUCUUUAGUGUGAAUGCUUAGUGCAUUAUCUCGAAUGGACCAGGUGUAUAUUUAUUGGGUCACUUUUCCUUAAGUGCCUUGAGAUAAUUUAUUUGGCAACUCAUUAUUACAGAGACUUCAACCACAGUCAUUCCUACUUUCAAAAUGGCUUUCAUUGUUUUAGUUUGGUGUUAAUUCGUCAAGGUUUGUGUCAAAUUGGUGUACUUGGCACACACAUUAAAUGUAUUAUCAUUGUUUAAAACCACUUCCAAGAAGUGAUUGAUGUGUGCUAUGAAUUGGACAUUAUUUUCUUAUUAUCAUUCAACUACAAAGUAAAUUUCUAUUAAGCAUAAGUAUUUCAGACACGCAAGACCAAAACGAAUUUCACUGUACUAAUAUUCUUUUUUUGUUAUACAAGUGACAAUAAAUCAUUAUUCUAUUCUAUUAUCUUCAAAUGAGUUAAUCAACAAUUACUUUGCUGCAAUUCAAAUUCACAGAAAUGUGCUCUACAUAAUACCGAAUUUACUAUUUAUGAUUGAUGAGAAAACAGAAUAAGCCGUUGCAAACUUUUUACAAACCAAAAGGACCCAUGGUAUAAAUGCAAAGAAAUAGUUAAUGGCCCGACAUUUCAACCCUCAACCAAGGGUGGGAACGGGGAGAAAAGUAAUUAAUUAGUGAAUAAAGUAGACUAAAAAGGGGGAUAUACCCCUAUGUGGUAAAAGGCAACAGACGAAUACAUUGGUCAUUUCCUUCUUGGAUGUUUAGACCAUGGGUUUGAAUUGUCUGAAGGCGCACAGAGAGACUGUUUCCGAGAAAGACUCUGCUAGGGUCGAAAUGUCAGGCCAUUAACUACUUAAGACAAUUAUAAUUGAUGUUAAAUAUUUUAGCAGCAUGUGUCACUAAUAGCUUAAACAUCUGUCGAAGUUGUGUUUUUUUAGUUUGCAUAACAGAAACCCCACCAGAUAAAUAAACAUGUUUUUCCAGGAUUUUAGUUAUGUACAAAAUAUAUUAUUUGCAAUUAUUAACAAAAACAAACAAAGAUGAAAGCUUUCUGAUUCUAAUGAACAAUUGUUUCGUCUGAAAUAUUGUCAAAUCAGAGGAAAUAGAAGUCAAGUUGAAUGAAGCUUGUUAUGAGCGGUCACACAAUCUCUAACAAUACAAAAACGCGGUUUUUAUCUUCAAUUAAAACGUGUUCAAUUUGAUGUUAUUUUCACAGAUUGAUCAAUGUGUUUAAGGAAAGCAAGAAUAUAUUAAUAAGUUAUGCUGUCCCUUUACUUUCUCUAUUCAAACAUGUCAAAUACAAUGGUCUCACCAUUAACUCAAAAGUAAAGUAACUUCUAGAUAAUCAAGAUUGUAGAUGAGAAGAGAACUUGGAGUAAUCAUUAAAUCUAUUCUGAAAUUAUA